UGUGGCUUGACAAUUGUCACUUGUUGAGCGCAGCGCGCACAGAGGAAACAAACCACCAAAGAUUAAUCUGUUUUACAAACGACACGACUCUCUUCAUAGAGUGACAUCUGCUUUAGAGGAGAUACCCGGAGGUAAAUUAGUGUAUUUCACAGAAUAAAAAGGCCACAUAGGCUGAACCAUUGAUCUGAAAAGCUUUCAGGGCGCACACCAUCACAAGCGUUUAUCAUGUCUGGUGAAGAGGCUCCAACUCAGCAGGAACAACCUGAGCAAGAGAAGAAGCCCGACGAGCCUCUCCCAGCUGCUCCUGACGCACCGCAGGAGCCGGCGGACAGCCCCGCAGCUGCAGCCGAGGAGAAGCCGCUCCCCUGUCGGGCUCUUGUCCUGACGGGGUACGGGGGCUAUGAAAAAGUCAAGCUGCAGGUGAAGCCGCUGAGCCCACCGCAGCUGAAGCCGGGAGAGGUCCUGGUGCGGGUCAAAGCAUGCGGGCUGAACUUCGCCGAGCUGCUGGGCAAACAGGGGCUGUACGAGCUGCUGCCCACCCCACCCGUCACGAUGGGGAUGGAGGGCUGUGGGGUCAUCGAGGCGUGCGGGGAGGAUGUAAAGGACCGGAAAGUGGGGGAUCGGGUCAUCACAUUGGCCCGCAGUGGCAUGUGGCAGGAACUAGUGGUUGUAUCCGCAGACCGCACCUUCCUCAUGCCCGAGCAGAUGAGCUUUGAGGAAGGGGCUGCUCUGCCUGUGAACUACCUCACCGCCUACAUGAUGCUGUUUGAGAUGGCCAAUCUGAGGCCGGGGAAGAGUGUGCUCAUCCACAUGGCAGCAGGUGGUGUUGGUAUCGCUGUCACCCAGCUGUGUCAGACUGUGCAGGACGUGACUGUGUUCGGUACAGCAUCAGCCUCCAAACAUGAGACCAUUUCUCAGGGCGGGGUGACUCACCCCAUCGACUACCGAACCAAAGACUACGUGGAGGAGAUACGGAAGAUCACCCCAAAGGGUGUGGACAUCGUCCUUGACCCACUCGGUGGUUCUGACACCCAAAAAGGUUUCAGUUUGUUGAAACCUUUGGGGGCACUUAUAGUUUUUGGUGCUGCCAACUGUGUGACCGGUCAGAAGAAGAACCUGCUGGCCAUGGCAAAGACCUGGUACAACCAGCUCUCGCUCUCCGCCCUGAAACUGAUGCAGGCCAACAAGUCGGUGUGCGGCUUCCACCUGGGCUACAUUCCUGAUGAGGAGCUCAUCAGCAGGACCAUGCUGAAGCUGCUGGAGCUCUACGAGCAGGGGAAGAUCAAACCGCGCAUUGACUCAUGCUUUCACUUUGAGGAGGUGGCUGAUGCCAUGAAGCGCAUGCACGAACGCCUAAACAUUGGAAAAGUCAUUCUUCUCCCUGAAGCUAAGAAAGAGGAAGAGCAGCCAAAGUCUGACCCUGAACCGGUAGAAAAUGUGGAGAAAACAGAAGCUGCCGACAGCGAGCAGAAAGAAGAGACCACAGAGGAAGUUAAAGCAGAGAAAGAUUGAGUAAGAGUGUGUAUUUGAAUGAUAUUUUCAAACACUUCCUCAAUGAUUUCCCUCUUAUUCAACCGCCAAAAAAAAAGGAAAGUGAAGAAAAGCAAGAUGCCAUUAAUUCUUUGACUUUGUCAGUAUUUUCAAGUGUUUAUGAAGAUUUUGUUGUGCAAUAUGUCCAAGUGUGGUGUCUUUGUGGGAAAUACUCCUGUUUUUGAUGAAAGCAAAGUAUUUUGAUUAUAGAUAGUUGUAGGAAGAAGGUUGUGGCUGCAGAAGUUUAGGUUCCCCUGGCAUGAUCGCCAAUUUUUCUGUAUAUCUGGCAAUUAGCGAUUAGCGACUUCCAUUCCAAGACUUUUUUUUAUUGUGCACUGCAUUGUUUACAGUCAAAUAAGCAUUUUGAGAAAGAACCAUGUUCGGCUCAAAAGUGAAACCAAAUUCGCCCCUUCAGAUAUGUCUGCAAAACUAAAUGUAGUGAUUUCAUUGUUCAUUACAUCCUCCUGAGUAGAACCUGUUCAUGUAUCUGUAGUAGGUCUCAGUUCCAUUGUAAACAGUAAGUUACAGAUGUUCGUUCUGGCUUCCCCUACGAUAUGAGCCUUCUUUUUUCUUCUGAUUUCCGUUAUUAAGUAACUUCAUAAUUAAUCAAGUAAUUAAAGUAACACUGAAUUAACUUAAUAAAUGUAAUAAUUAACAGGCCUCAAGUUUGUCAAAAUAACAUCAAGAGGCAGAUUUGUAAACAGUGAAAAUACAAGCUUUGUCAGGACUGUCUUCUUCAUGAGGAGAAGAAGACAACUUUUAAAUUGCUUGUGAUAUUAAUGGUCUUAUUGGACGAUUCUGAUGCAUUCCAGGGAGUCAGGAAAUAUAAACACUGAUCAGCCUUCACAACACAGAAUGUUUGUUAUAGUUGAAAAGUUGGAUCUGGAAUGGAUUGAUCGCUGCACCAAUGGGAUGCCGGGAAUUCAUUGCAUUUGCAUUAAGCACUGUUUUCGGACUGUUUUUCCUAAAUACGCCAAAAUUUGCUGAUUUACAAAAAGAAACCAGAACACUUCCCAUACUAAAAAAUCCAGAGUCACGAGGACAGAUUCUACAGUUUUAUGUAGAACCUGUACAUAGAGAUAACAAAACAAAAAACUUACAAAUAGGCACCAUUUCUCAAUAGGACAAAGUCAUUAGAAUGUGAUCAGAAUACAUUACUGCGCUUUUGAAAACAAAAAUUACCACAUUAACCCAUCCAGCCUCUUUCAUCAGUAAGAAUUAGUGUAAGACUUGUUAGAAAUAGCAGCAGUGAUCGUUGAGUUUAGUGUAGUUCAAUGUGAUGCACUCAUUCACUUAUGUUUAUUUUGUUACAUCUUUUCUUCUCUGAUGAGUGUUAGAAGAAAGAUCAUGGAGGUCAAGGUGGGUAUGUAUUCUGGUUUGAUUGUAACAUGUUGUAUUUUUCAUCAAUAUAAGUGCCAAAUCUAAAGCCAACUUUCCCCACUGUCGUCAGGCAAACUGUGAAUAACAAUUAGCCAGACUUCCCGGCCUUGGCAAUCCCUCAUGGGUUUACUUUCCAAACAAUGUCAUGCUGAACUUGAGAUAAACUGUUUGGCAGGCCUUGAAUGUUUCUGUCCUGUGAUUUAGCUGCUUUCUUAAUAUUCAAAAUCAAGGUGAAUAAUCCAGAGUUUACAGAACAGCAGUACAGCAUGCAUGCAUUACUUUUUGAUUCUUCUCAUAUAGACAGGUGGUAUAGGUUAAAAACUUAUGAAGACUAUUUCUAUGCUCAUAUAGUCUGUCGAAGCUUUUUACAGCCUGUUUGAUUAUAAAGCUUCAAGUAUUCACAUUUCUGUGUUCUUUGAAUGUAUGGCCUUUAAAAAGUGGAGUUUGGGCUCAAAUGCUCUGUCCAGCUGUGGGUGUAAUUUAAUGCUGUGACGCUAAAGGCGCUGCCGAAGCACAACAGAGAGUUUUCCCCUCCGUCCACACCACAGCAGCUCCUCACAUUCCUCUCCCCUCCCUCACACUCCUGCUUUCUGUCUCCCUCAAAGCCUCCCUCCACCCCUCUCCAGUACAUAGCAUUUUCAUUUUCUUCAAAGCACUUGUAACAAACUCUCUCAGAUAAUGCUUUAUGUUAUUUACAUUUGAGAAGUUUAUUUUUUUUCCUUGUGGCCACUAGGAUAAGUAUUGUGAAGUUUGGCCAGGUUUCCAUCUCCUGGUAUGACGUAAGAUCUGAUGUGGAUUUGGAGUAAGGACUGGAGUCAGUUAAAGUAGUACCACAGCAAAUAUUAGUGGAGUUCAUGCAGUGAGUGUUUGGAGGGUAGAUUAUUCUCUACAUUUAAAGGAAGGUUGAUUAAGAUUUAAGAGAAAAUACUUUGGAGCCUGCUUAUUCCUUUCUUUAAAAAUCUCUGUAAAAUGUCAAACUGUUGCUUUAAACAUGUAACAUGUUGACAGAGCUACAUUUAACAUUCAAGCCAAAAAGUAGCCUACAUUUUUAUUUUUUAAACUGUCAUGUUACCCACAAUAAUUCAACAACAAUGCAGCGUUCAAGAGCUGAUAGUGUUCACUCAUGCAGAUUGGGACAUCUAGUGGUCUAUUAUAAAAUUGUGCCUUUAAACUCAAACGUCCUACACAUGUUGCCUAAACAGUGAAAAUGCACUAGGGCCUGUGUUAAAUCACAAACUAGUCCAUCAGUUAUACAUCAUCUCUAAAACUAUUAAUACCGCAUUUCUUCACUGGUGGAGUCUAAAUUUUUGAAAUAACAAUAUCAAAACACGACGAUGUCAUUUAAAAAGAGCUAAAGAUAGACUAGAUCUUCUAUUCACACAGUUAUUACAUGUUAUUGUAGCUGUUAAAUUGCAUUUUUAUAACCCUGAUUAUCUCAUGGCCUCUUUAUGCUAAAGAUAUGUGUAUUAAUCACUGAAUUCAGUUAACAAAUCUGAUUAAUUUUUGAGUGUUACUGCAUUGACUGUGAUAUAAAAUGCUGCCUUUUGUCAUUUGUAUACACACUUUAUGCACACUUAUGUUCUGUGUUCAUGUUAUGUGGCACUAACCUGUCUGUAUUAAAAUGUUAUCACUUA